ACAACAGACCAGACCACAACAGACCAGAACAGAACAGAACAGACCACAACAGACCAGACCAGAACAGAACAGACCAGAACAGAACAGAUCCGACCGGACCGGAGUGUGUUUUUCUUUUUGUCUGGACCAGAAGAUGACGAGCGGAGGAGUGUGUUUCUUCUUUUCUUCAAACUGACCUGGACUCUGUCCUCAGCUGAACCAGAUCCACUCUGAUCCGAGUGAGAACUAGAACUGAACAUCUGUAGACGCAGGUCCAGUCCAGCCUGGUCCGGUCCGGUGUGGUCAUGCAGUCCCUGACCCAGGAGAUCCAGAGCUUCUCUCGGACGCGGCUGAGGAAGCAGUUCACCCGCGUGACGUCGCUGAGCGGCCGCCGCAUCAUCGAGACCUGGAAGGGUUCGACGAUCACCGUGGUGGACGACCCCGCCCCCCCGGAGAAGACGCUGGGCUACGUCCCCGACACGUCCUGGGACCUGCAGGUCGGCGUCGUCAAGCCCGACCUGCUGCUGGGUUCUCAAGAUGCUGCACAUGACUUUGGAACUCUGAAAAAACACAAGGUGUCUCACAUCCUGAACGUGGCCUUCGGCGUGGAGAACGUCUUCCCGGACCUGUUCAUCUAUAAGACCGUCAGUAUCCUGGAUCAUCCCGACGCCGACCUGCUGCUUCACAUCCAGGACUGUUGUGACUUCAUCCAGCAGGCUCGCAGCGAGAAGGGUGUGGUGUUGGUCCACUGCAACGCCGGCGUGUCCCGGGCUCCGUCCGUGGUCAUCGGCUACCUGAUGUCCUGUGACAGCCGGUCCUUCGACGACGCCCUCUCAUUGGUCAAAUCGGCUCGGCUCGCCUCCUCCCCUAACCCCGGCUUCCUGGACCAGCUGAGGGGCUACAAGACGCCGACGGUGAACGGAUCCAAACGCUGAAGGAACAAGAGUCAAUGUUUGCAGACAGUUAAAGAAAAAAAAAAGUUUGAAAUUAAUGAGAAAAUUCUUUAGUUAUUAAGAACUAAAAAUAUUUUGGUGAACACAUUUUUACAGUGUAGCGAUCUGUUUUCUGCUCUGGUUCUGUUUUGGGUUGAUAAUCUGUGAGAAUGUGACGCUCAUUUAAAAAUAUUCGUGACACAAGAUUCCACAAGUCGGAACUGAGAAGAUCCGUCGUCUCAAUCGUUUCUUUCUUCCCUCAGCGGUUUCUAUCUGUGCCGAUAGUUUUGGUUUAACGUGGCCAGAUCACUGAUUCUUGUUUGUGUGUUGGUAUUGAUCAGCUCUUCUCUGUUGUCGUUCUCUCAGUCAUUUCUGUGGUUUGUUAAAUUAGACUGAUACAGUAUCUGUGGGAGAAACGUAUCCUCCUCUUUAGACUCGUCCUCAGUGUCUUGGAGCAGUGGGACGCCACAAACUGCACAAUGUUAUUUCUAAACAUAAAAAUCAAUAAAAACGUCAAUGACAGAAGCAGAAGUCUCUGAUGUAACCUGCUGUAACUCUGUUUUUACUGUGAG